AUGAAUUACAACUGGAAGGAUAGCCUUCAAUUUGAGGCCGGCAAUACCGAAAUCGACCCAGCUGUGUUAAAAGAGCUGCCGGAAGGAUGCAAGGUCACAUCGACCGAGAAUCAUGGCGUAAGCUUCUGGGCACAGACAGGUCGUAUCAAUGUUUUGCUUCGGGAUGGAACACCACAAUCCUUCUUCAUCAAGGUUCUUUCGAAAGAACUAGGCAUGGAGAUGACCAGGGGUGAAUUUCAGUCAAUGAGCGCGAUAUAUAAUGUUCUGCCAGAAUUUGUUCCAAGGCCUAUCGCUUGCGGUACCUACAGCACGAUACCAGAUACCCACUUCUUCCUCUGCGAGUUUCAAGAAAUGACUGACGAUAUGCCUGACCCUCAUAAAUUUACCGCUCUUCUGUCAACACUACAUCAGAAAAGCGUAUCGCCUACCGGAAAGUUCGGGUUCCAUGUCACCACCUACGCAGGAAACUUACCUCAAUUCGUGGGGUGGGAAGAAAGCUGGGAAGUAUUCUUCUCAAAGACUAUGAAACAGGCACUUGACCUAGAGAUUGAAAGGAAAGGGCCUAGCGAGGAGCUCGAUGUCCUCGCCAGUGCUCUAUUUCAAAGGGUCAUCCCGAGGCUUUUAAGGCCUCUUGAGAGUGAUGGCCGAACAGUGAAGCCUUCACUUGUCCAUGGAGACCUUUGGUAUGCAAAUGCAGGGAUUAAUGUCGAUACUGACCAGCCUCUUGUCUUUGAUGCGUGCAGCUUCUUUGCGCACAACGAAUGUAGGUUCUCCUAUGAAACACCCACAAUUGCUUAUGCUAAACAUAUUGAAUUUGAAGAUGAGUUUGGCCAGUGGCAACCAGCUUGCAAUAGGUUUGGGGAUGAAUACGUUGCUGCCUACAAUAAAUUCUCUCAGAUUUCCCCACCAGAAGAGGACUUUCAAGGUCGUCUGGACCUUUAUAGACUGUGA